AUGGCUAAUUACCUUCUUUCACAACGUGGAAAUCAACAGGUUGGAGAGAAAUGGGUCUAUAAUCUCAUUCAACGUCGCCCAGAGAUUGAAUCAAAAUUUUCACGGAAAUAUAACUACGAGCGUGCUAAAUGCGAAGAUCCGAAGUUAAUCCAAGAAUAUUUUGAUCGCGUACGAGAGGUUAUAUCAAAGUACGGAAUCUUACCAGAAGAUAUCUACAAUUUUGAUGAGACUGGCUUUGCUAUGGGACUCUGUGCAACCGCAAAGGUUAUUACUGGAAGCGAUCGAUAUGCUCGGCCAAAGCUAUUACAGCCUGGAAAUCGAGAAUGGGUGACUGCAAUUGAGGCAACUAAUUCAACUGGAUGGGCCCUGCCUUCAUACAUCAUUUUCAAGGCAAAGAAAUAUACUCGGUUAGGCUGGUUUGAGGAUCUUCCUGAUGACUGGAGAAUCAAUAUCAGUGAUAAUGGAUGGACUACAGAUAAGAUUGGAUUAGAAUGGCUUAAAACCCAUUUUAUUCCUCUUACUAAUGGCCGUGCAAUGGGAAAUUAUCGGAUGUUGAUUCUUGAUGGCCAUGGAAGCCAUUUGACUGCUGAAUUUGACCGUACAUGCACUGAGAAUAAUAUUAUUCCAGUCUGUAUGCCUCCUCAUUCUUCACAUCUUUUACAGCCUCUUGAUGUUGGCUGUUUUGCUGUUUUAAAGAGACAUUAUGGACAGCUUGUUGAGCAGCGAAUGAGGCUUGGAUUCAAUCAUAUUGAUAAACUUGACUUUCUUACUGCAUUCCCAAAGGCUCGUACGAUGGCAUAUAAAGCUCAAACUGUUCGGAAUAGCUUUACAGCAACUGGAUUAGUACCAUUCAAUCCAGAUCGAGUUUAUCAACAGCUCACUGUUCGAUUGAAGACUCCAACACCCCCUCCAAGUCGAUCAAGUGAUACACAAUCAUCCUGCUUGCAAACCCCUCAAAACGCACGUCAAUUUAAGCGCCAAAUGACUACAACGAAGAAGAGAAUAAGCCGGCAUACAAGAAGUUCAUCUGAGGCUAUUGGUGAAGUGUUUACACGGGCAUCAAAGGCUUAUGAGAUGAGUAUUAAUCAGCUUACAAUUGCCCAGAAGGAACUCCAUGAUCUACGGGCUGCACAUGAGAAGGAGAAGCAAAAACGUCAAAAAUCUAAAAAGCAAAUAUCCCAUGAUCAAGGAAUUCCCAGAGAGGAAGCUCAGGCACUUGUACAAGGUCAGAUUGAGGCAUCUCAAGCUGUUACUACUGCUCCGGCCGAGCCUGAGCUCCCAGUCUCUCAUCCACCAAAGACCUCAAUGCCCUAA